GGACUCAACGCCGAUCACUAGCAAAUACUGAGGAUUUACCGAUUCUUUAGGCUGGUCUCAUGAGAUUGAUAAGAGGGCGGGGAAAUUGAAGUCCGCAAUAGCGCAGAUUUGAUUUGCUACUGGCGGAAAGCGUCCAUAGACCUUGGAGGAUCUGGGUCUCCACCCCACUCCUGACUUGGUCUUAGCCAACAGGGAAAAUGGCACCUCAGGCGAGGACAGGGCCUGGGACAAACGGAGGACUCCUAUUGGCAGAAGCCACCUUUUCCACUUCACUAUUGGUCCGCUCCGUUAGGCGGGGAAGCUGCAAGAGCGGGGCGGAACUGGGGCUGUUUCAGAGCCCGAGAUUCAGGCGAGAGUCGCAGACCUGUGCUAGGAAGUCGCUCCACCAUCGCGCCGCCUAGGUUUUUCUGUUCCUUUUUUUCUCCUUGUUUAUCUACAAGCUGCCAGUGGCCCAUAGGAACAUGACCACCAAUAUGGGUCCUUUGCACCCAUACUGGCCCAGGCACCUGAAGCUGGACAACUAUGUGCCAAAUGACAUCCCAGCCUGGCAGAUCCUGGUUGGCCUAUUCUCCAUCUCUGGGGUCCUAAUUUCCAGCAUGUGGCUGUUGUCUGGUCGAGCUUCAGUUGUCCCACUUGGAACUGGGCGUCGGCUGGCCCUGUGCUGGUUUGCUGUGUGCACGUUCAUUCACCUUGUCAUCGAGGGCUGGUUCUCUUUGUACCAUGACAUCCUUCUUGAAGACCAAGCCAUCUUAUCUCAACUCUGGAAAGAGUAUUCCAAGGGAGACAGCCGAUAUAUCAUUAGUGACAACUUCGUUGUCUGUAUGGAGACUCUCACAGCUAUUGCCUGGGGACCAGUCAGCCUGUGGGUAGUGAUCGCCUUUCUCCGCCAGCAGCCUUGUCGAUUUAUCCUACAGCUUGUGGUCUCUGUGGGUCAGUUUUACGGGGAUGUGCUGUACUUCGCGACAGAGCUACGUGAUGGACUCCAGCAUGGAGAGCCAGGCCACCCCGUUUAUUUCUGGUUUUACUUUGUUGUCAUGAAUGCAAUAUGGAUAGUGGUACCUGCAAUCCUUAUAUUUGACUCCGUAAAGCACCUCACUGCUGCCCAGAGUGUGUUGGACAGCAAGGUCAUGAAAACUAAGAGCAAGCGUAACUAAUGAGCGGUCGAGUGGGCUGGGACCUUGCUGAUAAGGUGCUUUUCCCACCUACCGGAAGACUUAAAUCCUCCUCCCACAGGCUGGAGGGU